AUAGCUUGUUUGGACCCUCCCAGCGUUCUUCGGUUGACAGCGUCUGGGCUGGACUUCCCAGGACACAGUUGUUCUCCAAGAGAGAAACCAGGAGGAGACAAGACAUGACCGUUGAACUAAUGAAAGCCAUGCUACAGGACUCGGUGACAUUCAAAGACGUUGCCAUAGACUUUUCUCAGGAGGAAUGGGAGUGGCUGAAUCCUGCUCAGAGGAGUUUGUACAGGACCGUGGUGCUGGAGAACUAUCGGAACUUGGUUUCAGUGGGAGCUUGCAUUUCCAAACCAUCUCUAAUCUCCUUAUUGGAGCAUGGGAAGGAGCCUUGGGAGGCGAAGGGUCAGGUGACAAGAAGCACAGUACGAGGUGGAGAAUCUGUACAGAAGACACAAGAAUUAUCUCUGAGGCAACUGGCGUUUGAUGAUGUGUCAGUGGAGAACACUGCACGUCUUGACCGUGAGUCUCUCACUUCUGGAAGAAAGCAGAGAUGCAAAGACCUUUUUGAUAGACAGAUGAUGAGCCAUGAAAUACUGAACCUGAAAGGAACAGUCACUCACAAAGGAACUCACACUAAAGAAAUAGGCUACAAACACAGCACAUCUUUAAGACCUGCCCAUGUGGAUCGUGUAGAAGAGAAUAUUUAUACUCACAAGUCAAAUAAGAAAAGCUUCUCCAAAAAUCCCAAGGUACGAAAAUACAAGAAGAUCUGGGUAGGGAAGAACAUGUUUAAAUGCAGCGAAUGUGAGAAAACCUUUACCCACAGUUCCUCUGUUACCGUUCAUCAGAGAAUUCACACGGGCGAAAAACCAUACAAAUGCACAGUCUGCGGAAAGGCCUUCAAGCAGAGCCACCACCUCGCUCAGCAUCACACAACACACACCCACGAGAAACUCUUUGAGUGUAAGGAAUGUAAGAAAGCCUUCAGCCAGAAUUCAUACCUUAUUGUACACCAAAGAAUCCACACUGGAGAAAAACCGUAUAAGUGUAAGGAGUGUACAAAAUCCUUCAGGCAGCCUGCCCACCUGGCUCAGCAUCAGAGGAUUCACACUGGGGAGAAACCCUAUAAGUGUAAGGAAUGUGGGAAGGCCUUCAGGGACAGUUCUACCUUUGCUCAACAUCAGAGGUGUCACAGUGACAAACGGCCCUUUCAGUGUGUUGAGUGUGGUCAAGCCUUCAGGUACAACAUGUCCCUAACGCGUCACUUUAGGCAUUAUCAUACGGGAGAGAAGCCAUUUGACUGUGCUGACUGUGGGAAAGUCUUCAGUGUUCACAUAGGACUAACUUUGCACAGGAGAAUUCACACCGGAGAGAAACCAUACACAUGUAACGUGUGCGGGAAAGCGUUCCGCAGUGGGUCAGCCUUGACUGUCCACCACAGGAUUCACACAGGUGAGAAACCUUACAAGUGUGACAUCUGUGGGAAAACCUUUAGCCAUAGCAUGUCCCUCACUGGCCAUCAAAGAGUCCAUUCUGGAGAGAAACCUUAUAAAUGCACGGAGUGUGGGAAAGCUUUUCGACAGAGUAUACACCUUGUCGUUCACUCAAGAAUUCAUACUGGAGAAAAGCCCUAUGAAUGUAAGGAAUGUGGGAAGGCCUUUAGAGAGGGUUCCCAGCUGACCACACAUCAGAGAAACCACACAGGAGAAAAACCUUUUGAAUGUAAGCAGUGUGGUAAAUUUUUCAAAAGAAGUACCUAUCUUACCAGACAUCAGAAAAUCCAUACAGGAGAGAAACCUUAUGAGUGUAACGAAUGUGGCAAAACCUUCACGCAUACUGCCUACCUUAUCCGACAUAAGAGGGUUCAUACUGGAGAGAAGCCUUACAAGUGUACCGAAUGUGGAAAGGCAUUUGGUGAUGGCUCCUCCCGAGCUCAGCAUCAGAGACUUCACACUGGUCAGAGGCCCCAUGUGUGUGAGAAAUGUGGAAGGGCAUUCAGAACAAAGUCAUCCCUUAAUUGUCACCAAAGGUGUCACACUGGAAAGAAACUGUAAAACUGUGGCGAGGGCGUGGCUGCACGAGGCGUGGCGGGCGUGGGUGUUGCCGGGGGUGUGUCCCUGAGUCGCGGCCUUGGAGAGUGUCUGCAGCCUGGCAAGGAGAGCCUGCGCCCCUCGCGUGACAUGCGGGGGGUGGCGAGUGUAGAGUCAUGCAAACCCCGGGCCAUCCUGGGGCGCGGCGCCCUCUGCACAAAGCCCAGGCCUGCUGGAGGUCCGGCGGGCACUACAGCUGCUCGUGGGCGCCCCGCCCGGGGAAGGCCGCGCUCCGGGACCCGCCUGGCCUCCCAGGGAAGUCAAGGAGCGGUGACUUUGGAGCCUGCGCACAAAGCUCUGCUUCCCAGAGAUACCAACUUCCUCCAGGAGAUAAACCGCAAACAGGAAGCUGCCCCGACAGGGACUAAGCUUAAAGCCAAGUCUCAGGGCUUGGUGACAUUUGGGGAUGUGGCUGUAGUUUUCUCCCAGGAGGAGUGGGCGUGGCUCAGCUCUGAGCAGAGGAGUCUGUAUGGGAAGGUGAUGCUGGAGAACUACAGGAACCUGGCAUCCCUGGGACUUUGUGCUUCUAAGCCAGAUAUGAUCACCUUGUUGGAACAAGGAAAGCAUCCCUGGAUGAUGAAAAGAAAGAUGAGAAGAGGCUGGAGCCCAGACUUGAAGGCUGUGCAGGAGACCAAGGGGUUCCCUCCAAAGGACUUAAAUGAAGAAGCAUUAUCCCAGGCAGUGCUAAGAAAACAUCUCCUGUACCAUGGACCUAAGUGCUCUGUGUUAGGGGUAACCUGGGAUGGAGAUGCUCUGUUCAAGACACAGAGGGGCUUGAAGACCAACUUAGAAAUGGCUAGAGGCAGUCCUCCACAGCUUGUGUCAGCUCAGAAGAGUUUCUGUAAGGAUGUGACAUGGGAGAACUGUGAUGACCUGGAGUCCUUAGGCCAGCAGCAGUCUAUACAGGAAGACCAGGAUUUGCUUCCAAGGCAGGCCUCACAUGCUGAAAGGGUAGCAGGCAGAACUUGGAGCACUAAACUUGAGUGCGCCACCUUCAGAAGAGAUCAGGAUUCUGAGUGUGUGUUUGAAAGGAAUGGGCAGGACACACCAUUUGAGCAAGAGACAGUUACUCAGAACAGAGCCUUUGUAGAGGGCAGAGAUGGAACGUGUAUCAAAUCUGGAAGAUGGUUUCAUUUGAACAGUUCAGAAGAGAGAAGUCAUAAUUGUGACUCAGGUAAAAGUUUCCUCCAAAAUCCAACAGUUGUGAAAGAAACCGGAAUCUAUUCAGGAAAGAAACUUUUCAAAUGUAAUGAAUGUAAGAAAACUUUUACCCAGAGCUCAUCCCUUACCGUUCACCAGAGAAUUCAUACUGGAGAGAAGCCCUAUAAAUGCAAUGAGUGUGGGAAGGCCUUCAGUGAUGGUUCCUCCUUCGCACGACACCAGAGGUGCCAUACCGGCAAGAAGCCGUAUGAGUGUCUGGAGUGUGGUAAAGCUUUCAUCCAGAAUACCUCGCUAGUCCGUCACUGGAGGUGCUAUCACACGGGGGAGAAACCCUUCCAUUGCGUCGACUGUGGGAAAGCCUUCAGUGACCACAUAGGGCUUAACCAACACAGGAGGAUUCACACUGGAGAGAAACCGUACACAUGUGACAUGUGUCACAAAUCCUUUAGGUAUGGCUCAUCCCUCACUGUGCACCAAAGGAUUCAUACUGGAGAGAAGCCAUAUGAGUGUGAGAUUUGCAGAAAAGCCUUCAGCCACCACGCUUCCCUCACUCAGCAUCAAAGAGUGCAUUCUGGAGAAAAGCCUUUUAAAUGUAAAGAGUGCGGGAAAGCUUUUAGGCAGAACAUACACCUUGCUAGUCAUUUGAGGAUCCAUACCGGGGAGAAGCCCUUUGAGUGUGGGGAAUGUGGGAAAUCUUUCAGUAUCAGCUCACAGCUUGCCACUCAUCAGAGAAUUCAUACAGGAGAGAAGCCUUAUGAAUGUAAGGUUUGUAAUAAAGCGUUUACUCAGAAGGCUCAUCUUGCACAACAUCAGAAGACUCAUACGGGGGAGAAGCCAUACGAGUGUAAGGAAUGUGGCAAGGCCUUCAGCCAGACCACUCACCUCAUUCAACAUCAGAGGGUCCAUACUGGAGAGAAGCCCUAUAAAUGCCUGGAAUGUGGGAAGGCCUUUGGAGAUAACUCAUCCUGUACUCAACAUCAGAGACUUCACACUGGCCAGAGGCCUUACGAGUGUGUGGAGUGCAGGAAGGCAUUCAAGACCAAGUCAUCUCUUAUCUGUCAUCGUAGAUGUCACACAGGAGAGAAACCUUACGAGUGCAGUGCAUGUGGCAAAGCCUUUAGCCACCGUCAGUCCCUUAGUGUCCAUCAGAGAAUUCAUUCUGGGAGGAAACCGUAUGAAUGUAAGGAAUGCAGGAAAUCCUUCAUCCAGAUUGGACACCUCAAUCAACAUAAGAGAGUCCAUACCGGAGAGAGAAGCUACCACUGCAGGAAGGGCAGGAGGGCCUUCAGGCAGACUGCACACUUUGCUCACCAUCAGCGGAUUCAUCCUGCAGAGCCACCUGCUCACCCCUCUUUGCCUUCCACGUCGAAUCCUGUGGAUCUGUUCUCCAAAUUCAUUUGGAAUCCGUCCUCACUGCUGUGAUCUCAAAACUACACUCCUUUACCAGCUCGACUCUGCCCCUGUGUUCAUUUUUUUCUCUUGAGUUUUUCAUGUUGCAGCCAGGUUGGGUUGUUUUUUGGAGUGUAAACGUAAUUAAUUUGCUCAUACAAAGCUUAUGUCUACUGGUUAAUGCCCAAGAUGUGCUUAGCACAGUGCCUGAGCCAUACCAAGUAGUCAGCAAACAUGGGUCUUUUAAAAGUUUAUUUUUAAAAAUAGAAAAUUAUUCUAAUCAGCUCUGAUGGAAACUGCAAUAGAACGAGGCUAGAAAAACCAGAGUUUAGAACAGGAAAGGAGUUCUCUGCGCUGGUGAUGAGGCUUGCUUCUUUUCCUUGAAAACUUGCUUCUAAGCCAGGGGUAUGGUGGGCUCACCUGCAAUCCUAGAGUUCAUGAAUUCAAGGCCAGCCCCGGGCAACUUAGACCCUAUCACAAAAUAAAAACAAAACAGAUGGUCCUACAGUACUGAAUUUUAUCGUGGCUUUGGAUCUGAACUACAUGAAUGGAAGGUAAGAACUCUUUAGUAAGUAACUCUCCUGUACACUUGGCAACAGCCUUAAAGGAUAGACAACAUGAGUGUUUGUAGGCUACUUGGAACAAAUGAAUCAAAAUAAUUGGGAAAAUGCAAGAUUUUCUAUACAUGAAGUUAAAACUACCAAUGAAUAAGAAAGGAAACUGAAGGAUUUCAUCUAUUUGAAGUCACUGGUUUGUGAAUGCAUUCUUGGUAAACUUCCAAAGAAAUAUUAACUCUGGGUUAAAUUGAUCUCUAGUAGAGUGCAGUUGGCAAAUCACCUUACAAAGUCUCACUGGUUCUUUUUGUAGGCCCUAUAAUCUAAAGUUAUGAAAAUAUGUUUAUGUGGCUUUAAAUUGGGUAAACAUUUUCAACAUGAUAAUUAUAAGAAAUUUACAUUUCAGUGUCUGAAGGUGAAGUUCACU